AUGAACUGUUUGGGUCAAACAGCUACCCAUCGGACGAUCCAUUUACAGCCUUCCUGAGUCCCAGGCCACAGAAGACAAGUAGCCUACCUUUGGUCAAGGGUAGCUGUGGCACUGGUGUUUGCCGCUGCUGAGCCCUUACUGGCCUCCAUGCAAUCAGACUCAAUAGACGAGCAACUGCCAUCCAAGGCUCCCGACCCAGGGUCAUCCACCAGGAGCGUGGAGCUCCCAGAUGUCCAGCUCUGGCUGGUGCUGCUGUGGGUACUAAUAUGGGCACAGGGCACAAGAUCUGCAUGCACCUCCUGUGAGAGCCCAACACUGGCACCCCAAGCAGAACGAGCUCUGGUCCUGGAGCUAGCCAAGCAACAAAUCCUGGAGGGGCUGCACCUGACCAGUCGUCCUAGAAUAAUUCAUGCUCCACCCCAGGCAGCGCUGACCAGAGCCCUUCGGAGACUACAGCCUGGGAUUGUGGCUCCAGGGAAUGGGGAGGAGGUCAUCAGCUUUGCUACCAUCACAGACUCCUCCACUUCAAUCUGCAGCUCCAUGCUCACCUUCCACCUGUCCACUGUUCAGUCCCACCACCUAUACCAUGCCCGUCUCUGGCUGCAUGUGCUCCGAACCUUUCCUGGCACUCUUUACCUGAGGAUCUUCCGAUGGGGCCCAAGGAGGAAGCACAGAGGAUCCCGGACCCUCCUGGCAGAGCACCAAAUCACUACCCCAGGCUGGCAUGCCCUUACUCUGCCCUCUAGUGGCUUGAGAGGUGAGGAAUCUGCUGUCUUGAAACUCCAACUGAACUGCAGAUCCCUAGAAGGCAACAAGACAAUUACUGGACCACUGAGGUGGCUACUGGACACUACCGGACACCAGCAGCCCUUCCUGGAGCUUAAGAUUCGUGUCAACGAGCCUGAAGCAGGCCGGGCCAAGAGGAGGACUCCCACCUGUGAGCCUGAGACCCCCUUAUGUUGUAGGCGAGAUCAUUAUGUAGACUUUCAGGAACUGGGAUGGCGAGACUGGAUCCUGCAGCCUGAAGGUUACCAGCUGAAUUACUGCAGUGGGCAGUGCCCUCCCCACCUGGCUGGCAGCCCUGGCAUUGCUGCUUCCUUCCAUUCUGCUGUCUUCAGCCUCCUUAAAGCCAACAAUCCUUGGCCUGAGGGUACUUCCUGUUGUGUCCCUACUGCCCGAAGGCCUCUCUCUCUCCUCUACCUUGACCAUAAUGGCAAUGUGGUCAAGACGGAUGUGCCAGAUAUGGUGGUGGAGGCUUGUGGUUGUAGCUAGCAAGAGGACUUGGGGGUUCAGAUAGAAGAUAUCAAGUUGGGGGUUCCCAGGUAAAGGGCAUCUGUGUCUGGAGGCAUCAGAUUUCCUGAUCCGCACCUCCACCCAACAAGACCACCUGGCACUAUGUCAGGGUUGACCCCUAUGUGACCCAAAUGCACACUUUCUUGUCCCAGACUUUUGGCCUUUUUCAGGCUGGUUGAUAUGUGGGCAAAUGGGUAAAGUAUUUCCUCUAAGGGGACUACCCAGGCAGUAUGAUUUUCUACCCCAAGUGAGAAGAUGGCAGGGGCUAGCAGGGAAGAGAGGGAAGGAGAAGGCAGAGAAAAUUACUUAAUCUCUCCCAAGAAGAG